AUGGGAUUGAUUGAUUGGCCAACCUUUCGGCGUAGAUUCCUUGAAAACUAUUUUCCUGAGGAUCUUAAGAGAAGAAAAGAACUGGAGUUUCUAAACCUAAAGCAAGGAAGUACAAGUGUAAGGGAAUACGCGGCCAAGUUUGAUGAAUUGUCAAGGUAUUGCUUCUAUUUUUCUCAUGCUGAUGAUCGAGCUAGGUGCUCCAAGUUCGAAAGUGGACUUCGACCUGAUAUCAAGCAAGCAAUUGGCUACCAACAGAUUGCACAUUUUCCUGAAUUAGCUCAUUAUAGCUUCUCUUGUCACCUGAAGCGAAAGGAUGCGGGAGGAAACGACAAGGGAAGAAACUGGACUGGGAAUCGCAAUAACAGUGGAGGUCAGAAUCAAAUGAGGAAUCGUUAUCAGCCCAACCCUGGCAACUCUAGGAAUCCUUCUGGGACACCUAACAUGAGGGGACGCAUGUACACGAUGAGCGGUAGUGAAGCCACUCAUUUGGAAGGUCUGAUCCAAGGGCCAACACAUUCUUUUAUUUCUAAUGAUUGUGUGAGACAGUUGCAGUUACCUAUUUCUCCUAUGAUCGGGAAUCUUUUUGUUUCUACCCCUGCUGGUCCCUCUAUUGCCACCUCCAUUGUUUGUCGUGAUUGUAAUAUUUGUUUAGAAGGUGAAGAAUUUCUUGUCGACUUGAUUUGUCUACCCCUCUCUGAACUGGAUAUUAUCCUAGGCCAAGAUGCUCAGUGUACCCAUACUCCAAGGAACGUGGGACCGCAAGUUUUUGCAAUUCUUGCUAUUGAGGACCCUAAGGAUGAUCCUAUGAUUGAUGAGAUACCUAUUGUUCGUGAAUAUCCAGAAGUUUUCCCCAAGAAUAUACCUGGAUUGCCUCUGGAAAGAGAAGUCAAAUUCUCUAUAGAUUUGGUUCCCGGUGCUGGACCAGUCUCCAUGGCACCCUAUCGAAUGUCACCGGUAGAACUUGCUAAAUUGAAGCAACAGCUGGAAGAGUUAUUUGAGAAGCAGUUUGUUAGACCAAGUGUGUCUCUGUGGGGAGCCCCUAUUUUACUCGUCAAAAAGAAGGAUGGAAGUAUGCGACUCUGUGUGGAUUAUCGCCAGCUUAACAACGUAACUAUUAAGAACAAGUAUCCUCUGCCUCGGAUUGACGACUUGAUGGAUUAG